AUGGGAACGGACGGCUAUGCUAUCCACGUGUUUCGGGGCCACACUGUCCACGAACACUUCGAGUUCGGCGACUUUUACAACUACUACGGCGUCCCCGAUGCGUGGGGCUUCUUAAUGUUCUGUGCUGGGUCGACAUUUCUGGCCGUCAUCUUCCUCCUCAUUGCUGGAAUCAGCUGCGCAGAUCAUGCAUUGAUCGGUUACAUUCGUGUCGCCGUUGAGGCUGUGGCUCUCCUCUCAUGGCUUGCUGGUUUCAUCGCGGUGGCUGUUAACAUAGGGACCAAUGCAUGUCCGGCAGAAGAGGACAACUGUGGGUCAAUCAAGGCGGCGACAUUCUUUGGGGCGUUAGAAUGGCUGCUGUUCGUGAUUACUACAACCUUGACUACCAAGUUCGUCUUCAAUAGCACUCGCCGACCAAGGACUUCUACCGAAUAA